GAUGGAGAUUGUAUGGCCACAGUUUCAAGUCGGACUUUACUUCCUUGUGCCACGAGGCUGCACCUGAGAGCAGCGAUGAGCUGCGUCUACACACGGCGAGCAAAGUUGCUGGAAGCAAAUCCCGGAAGCAUUUCAGAGAGACUGAGUGAGUCGAUGGGAAUCCAUCCUGGAGAUGCCAGUCUUUUCAGUAAUGGAAUCCACGUUGACCUGGACAUUCAUAACCCUUUUAGACAUUCUCAGAGGGGAGGCUAAGAUUCUCGAGGGUCUUCAUGACCUUGGCAUUAAAGGAAACCUCUUUAGUAAGUUCCUGCAAAUACCAACAGUGUCCACUGUGGAGGAAAGUUAUGCUCUGGACAUCCGCCACUCUGCCAUAAUGUGGGUUAAUUACAUUGAGAAGGACUCCAUGUAUCGUCACUGGCCAUCAAGUCUCCAGGAGCUUCUUAGAGCAACAUUUUCUGGUGUUAUUCGGAAAAUACACUGUUACUUCUUCUUUAACCUGGCUGGAGGAGUGUUCUAUAGGUGGAGUGGUUUAGGUGCGCCACCAUUGGCUCUGUUCAGUGGUGUUCCAUUCAGUAGUGAGGAGAUGGACCCAGAGGAGCUGGAGAUUGUUCUAAUGCAGUGCAUCAUGGAAACUGCUGACUUCUUCCAGAGAGCCAUCUUCAUGGGUCAAAUCACUGAAGGUGUUGAUGUGGUGGACUUCCUGAUGGAGCAGACCAAUGUAGUUCCCCGUAUCAAUCCCCUGAUUCUGAACUCUGGGAGGAGAUAUCUGGAUUUCACUGCCUCACCAGUUAUUAAACUAACAGUGGCAGAUGACUGGGAUGACACCACUAUGUUCUCAUACAUGGACUCAAGGGACAAGUUUUUCAUCAGAGAUGAGGAGGAGGUGAUGUACAACGAGACCAUGUGGAUUGUAGUAGAUAUUGAACAGGCCCCUGGGAGGCAGUUGCUGUGGAACACCUUGAAACAUAUGAAAUCCAUCGACUCUAACUGUCAUGUGGGGGUAAUCAAUAACCCCAGUGGAAAACCCUUUGAAGACAAUAGCGGUCUGUACCGAGCCGUGUGGUCAUCACACCUCACCCAAAGCAGCAAGAACACACUCGACUUUACCUUAAAACUCCUCAAAGAAGAAAACACUGAACUCCUCAAACAAGGCACCAAGAUUAAGCACUUACUUAAACAGGGAAUGGACCAGGAUGCCUUUGAGAAGAAGUUCAGUUCGAUGGAGGUGGACUUCCUGCACAGCAAGCAAAAGUUCUGUAAGGAAGUUCUGAAGCUGAAAGCAGGACAGAGAGCUGUGGUCAUCAACGGCAGGGGCCAGUGAUCUAAUCAUGAAAGUGGAUGCUCUCCUCACUGCAGCACCCAAAGGAGAGACCAGAAAAGAGGUUUCUGAAGGACAAACACAGGUGCUUGGUCAAGUGGUCAAUAUGAAAGUGCAGAUGUUCAUGAACUGUCAAGCCAAGCUGUCUGAGAUGCCCCUGAAGAGCUUUUAUCGAUUUGUUUUGGAGCCAUAUGUUUCCUUCUUUGGCACAACACCCUUUCCCCCAGACCCAUAAACCGCUUUAUUGAAAUCCCAGAAUCCCCUUUGCUCACCCUCAAAAUGAUCACCCCAGAGAGCUGGAUUAUAGAGGCAGUCAGGAGCCCGUAUGAUCUAGAUAACAUCCACCUACAGGAGCCAGAGCGCUCUGAAAAGAGUUGUUUAAUAUCAGCAGGGCAGCUGUGGAUAAAUAAAGUCUAUGAUAAUGUAAAUGAUGGAAAGAGUCAUCUCCUGUGUUGUCUUCGAGUCAGUGGUGUGAUGAAUGCGGAGUAUGAGCUGGAGUAUCUGCUCUUGGAGGGCCACAGGUCAGCCUUCCAGAGGACUGCAGUUUACCCUGGGCAUGAGACAAGAACCUCUUAUGCACGAUACCAUCGCCAUGCCCAAUCUGGCUAUUUCCAGCUAAAAACCAACACAGGUGCCUGAAUCCUCAGGCUGCGUGAGGGCUGAUCGGAAGACAUCUAUCAAAUACAGGCGCAUGAUGGGACAGACUCUCCUGCCAAUGCUGGAUUGUCAUUGUGUGCUUAACAGCUUCCACAGCAAGAUCAUCAAAGUUAGAGUUCGGAAGUAGCCAGACAAACUCAAUGAAGAUCUUCUGAGUGAAGAAACAGAACCCAAAGGGUUGUGGGACUCUAUAACAAGCUUUGCAGGUGGCCCAAGUGUGGACGAGGGCAACAAGAAGAAAGACGUUCUCAACAUCUUCUCUGUGGCUUCUGGACAUUUAAUAAUGAUGCUUUCUGUACUUCAGUACACUGCUACCCCUGUCAAGUUCUGGUUCCUCAAAAAAUUUCCUCUCCCUCUCAUUCAAGGACACAACUGCUCACAUGGCAAAGGUGUAUGGUUUCGAGUAUGAACUGGUCCAGUAUAAGGCGCCCCGCUGGCUUCACCAGCAGACAGAAAAGCAGCACAUCAUCUGGGGUUACAAGAGCCUCUUCCUGGAUGUUCUCUUUCCCCUGGCUGUGGACAAGAUCAUCUUUGUUGAUGCUGAUCAGAUUGUCAGGACAGAUUUGAAGGAGCUGAGAGAUCUUGAUCUAGGGGGGGCCCCCUACAGGUAUACUCCAUUCUGCAACAGCCGAAGAGAAAUGGAAGGCUACCGUUUUUGAAAAACUGGUUACUGGGCCUCUCAUCUUGGACACAGUAGAUACCACAUCAGGUUUAUCACUUUAUUCUGAAAACACAGAAUAUCUGUUUUUUUUUUUUCAAAAUGGUAACCAAAAAAUAAAUUCUAGAUUGCUGUAACAUUUCAUUGGCGAAAUCUACACUAACGUUCAAAGGUUUGGGGUCGCUUGCCUGAAAAGUUUCUCAUGAUCUUAAAAACCUUUUGAUCUCAAGGCGUAUGCUUAAAUGUUUGAAAUUAGUAGACCAAAAGUAAUAAUAGCCAUAUAAUGUAGAAGAGUUGGUACUCCUCAGAACAUGUAAUAUUUAAUUCCUAUUCUUUGUCAUUUUUAUAUUAAUGAGAAAAAUGGUGUUGCUGACGUGAUAUUUGUAAAAGUGGGGAAAACCAUCCAAAACACUCUAAACCUGCAGACUUUGACCUCUGAGACAUCCAUAUGGCAUCCAUUAAGGCUGCAUGAUUGAUUGAAUUAAGAAUAAAAUUGUCAUAUGGCCUUGCACAAUCACUAAACCGCAAAAAAAAAAGUCUCCAGAGCUUCAGUCAGCAAUGUAUCAAUGCAGGCGCUCUCUAGCCACUAUAGGUGCACACGUUGAGCAUAGCAGCAAUAUUAGAAAAUGUUUAUCAUAUUACAGUACAGUUUAAAUCAUCUUAUCGCAUUUUGCCAGACAGAAAAAGACACAUUUGAUAGGUCCCGGUUUCCUUUUCUCCCCCUCCGUACAAAACAGCUGAAUGUCAAACCAUACUUUCCUUACAUGCGCUUUGGGUGAGUAGUACGGGGCUGAUGAACAUUGUUGUCUUUUCCAUGUUUCUUGUAGCUUCACAGUUGAUUUAAGAUGACAAGUCACUGCAUGACUUGAUGAUGUUGUUUUGUGAUGUGAUGGUUAAUCUCAGCUCUGAGACUAUAUUCGCAUCUGGAGGUCAUUUGAACAGAAGCAUAACUACUUGAAAAGACUAGAACUACCUGUGCAUGAAACAGUUUAUACGCAUGCGUUCCAGCCUAUCAGAAUCGAAUAUUCGAACAGACCAUGGUAUAAAUAUAUAAACUCAGCAAAAAAAUAAAUGUCCCUUUUUCAGGACACUGUAUUUUAAAGAUAAUUUUGAAAAAAUCCAAAUAACUUUACAGGUCUUUAUUGUAAAGGGUUUAAACAAUGUUUUCCAUGCUUGUUCAAUUAACCAUAAACAAUUAAUGAACAUGCACCUGUGGAACAGUCGUUGAGACACGUAGGCAAUUAAGGUCACAGUUAUAAAAACUUAGGACACUAAAGAGACCUUUCUACUGACUCUGAAAAACACCAAAAGAAAGAUGCCAGGGUCCCUGCUCAUCUGUGUGAACGUGCCUUAGGCAUGCUGCAUGGAGGCAUGAGGACUGCAGAUGUGGCCAGGGCAAUAAAUUGCAGUGUCUGUACUGUGAGACGGCUAAGACAGCGCUACAGGGAGACAGGAAGGACAGCUGAUUGUCCUUGCAGUGGCAGACCACGUGUAACAACACCUGCACAGGAUCGGUACAUCGGAAAAUCACACCUGCGGGACAGGUAGAGGAUGGCAACAAAAACUGCCCAAGUUACACCAGGAACGCACAAUCCCUCCAUCAGUGCUCAGGCUGUCCACAGUAGGCUGAGAGAGGCUGGACUGAGGGCUUGUAGGCCUGUUGUAAGGUAGGUCCUUACCAGACAUCACCGGCAACAACGUCGCCUAUUGGCACAAACCCACCUUCACUGGACCAGACAGGACUGGCAAAAAGUGCUCUUCACUGAUGAGUCACGGUUUUGUCUCACCAGGGGUGAUGGUCGGACUCUCGUUUAUCGUCGUAGGAAUGAGCGUUACACCGAGACCUGUACCCUGGAGCGGGAUCAAAUUUUGAGAUGUAGGGUCCGUCAUGGUCUGGGGCGGUGUGUCACAGCAUCAUCGGACUGAGCUUGUUGUCAUUGCAGGCAGUUUCAACACUGUGCAUUACAGGGAAGACAUCCUCCUCCCUCAUGUGGUACCCUUCCUGCAGGCUCAUCCUGACAUGACCCUCCAUCAUGACAAUGCCAUCAGCAAUACUGCUCGUUCUGUGUGUGAUUUCAUGCAAGACAGGAAUGUCAGUGUUCUGCCAUGGCCAGCGAAGGGCCCGGAUCUCAAUCCCAUUGAGCACGUCUGGGACCUGUUGGAUCGGAGGGUGAGGCUAGGGCCAUUCCCCCAGAAAUGUCCGGGAACUUGCAAGGGCCUUGGUGGAAGAGUGGGGUAACGUCUCACAGCAAGAACUGGCAAAUCUGGUGCAGUCCAUGAGGAGGAGAUGCACUGGUGUUAACUACUUAAUGCAGCUGGUGGCCACACCAGAUACUGACUGUUACUUUUGAUUUUGACCCCCUCUUUGUUCAGGGACACAUUAUUCCAUUUCUGUUAGUCACAUGUCGGUGAAACUUGUUCAGUUUAUGUCUUAGUUGUUGAAUCUUUUUAUGUUCAUACAAAUAUUUACACAUUAAGUUUGCUGAAAAUAAAAGCAGUUGAAAGUGAGAGGACCUUUCGUUUAUAACCUAAUCAAAAACAGUGAUAAUCAGCUUUUGAUUUUUGUUUUUUUAAAUCACAAAUUGUCCAUAUUAUCUAACAAAUAUCACUGAAAUAGGUGUCCCGAGAAAUCAUAUAUAUUUAUAUUUAAUAAUAAUUUAAAUUUUUAUAUUUAUAUCACUAUACAUUGUGUUAUAUUACCCUGUUAUUAAUAAUAAAACAAAAUAGACAAUACUGCUCCAUAGAAUUUCAAAUACAGCUGCUGAGGGAGUGACAAUAGAUUUGACAUCUGACUGCUGUAAUCCAUCUCUCUGUAUUUUUUCCUCUUUUGGAAAGUCAUGGAAAUGUAAUAGUGGAUGUUUUCUUUUGCUGUUGGAGCAAAUGGGAAAGCAAAAAUACAAUUUACUACUAUUUGUUCUGUAUGGAAUUUAGAUAUUUUAUAUCCUCAAGCAAAAACCCACAGUAUGUAUUCGUUACAGAUUAGCUUAUUAUUUCAGCAAGAAUGACAAAUUCAUGUCUUAUUGUUACAAUUUCACAAAAGAAUGCCCUCAAACCAUAAUAAAGUGAUGAUAUCUGGUUAAAAUGCCUGCAGUCUGAUCACAUCAGGAUUACUUCAUUCCCACUAUGGCUAAUGCACAUACACAGAAGGACAAAAAUAGUAGUCUCAUUUACACCCUCUCCUUCCCUGCCGGCUGCUGCCGGGAGGUGGAGAGGGAAAUGUCUCAUUAGAGACAGCAGUCAGAGAAAUGGUUGUGAGGGCUGUUACUAAGCAGACGGAACACGGGCUCAAAACAUGGACUCAGGUUCUGUUGAAAACUGAUUAUGUCAUUCCAUCAAACACUCUCGCCUCAAUUAUACGUGUACCAGGUUAAGCAUGAAAUGCUUUUACUCCUGUGGGACAUGGGUUUAUUUUACUCAGACUUACAGUUGGUAAGUCUAGGGCUUUUGUUCUUUUUUUUACUUUUUCCCUUAUAUUUCAAAGACUACUACAAAA